UGUGAUUUGAAUAAGCUUAAAUUCAAGGCGAAAAUUUCCCAAAACGUUGCAACUUUAUUGGAAGAGCUUGCCGCGUCUUAUGAUGAAACAGUAGAAAGAACGAUAUCAUCCUUACCGAACAUGAAUCUCUAUCAGUCAAGGAGAACAGUACAAUCUUUCAAAGAUGAUUUUGAGGGCUGAGUUCCACUAGAGUCUAUGCCGUACCAUCUGAUAUGUUACCGCCUACAGAGGGGCGUUGUCUUCUAAAACGUAUUUCGGAUCUGUCCCGUCAACUGACAUCACUAGAGUCGAAAACAUAUGCCGUUCUUGACAUGAAUGUUUCAUCGAACUUGCUACUGUUUUGUCGGCCGGUAGGUUACAUUCGCACUGCCUAUGCUACCAAAAAUGGCACACCACGUCAGGGAGUAGUUUGUCCUCAGGUGCGUGCUGAACUCCGUAUUUCUCGAGACAUCUUCUCCAAUCCAUCUCAUUCCCUCCAGGGCCUUAAGGAAUUUCGAUAUGUAUGGCUGAUUUUUUGGUUUCACCUCAAUCAGGUAUCAUCAGCAAAGGCCAAGAUACGGCCGCCGCGUAUGGGUGGCCGUUCAACAGGGGUUUUUUCUACAAGGUCACCCCACCGACCAAAUCCCGUUGGGCUUACCUUAGCGUACCUGGAGGAAGUGAGUGGUGAUACCUUAACUCUAACAGGAGUUGACCUUGUUGAUGGUACACCAGUGCUUGAUGUAAAGCCUUUUAUUGAAUCGUAUGAUAGCCCUUCAGACCUACUGCACCAUCCUAUCUCUUAUGAUACAUGGGUUACUCGCGCUGAGCAGAGUAAACAAUUAAACAACGUUGUACUCACUGCGGAAGCACGUGAGUCCUUAAACAGUUUUCAUAAAAGGUGUAGCCAAGAGAUGUGUCCGCGAUGCCUACGAUUUAGCGAUGAAGACACUUUGCUACCAGCCAUAGAAGAACUGCUGAAAUCGGAUUUGCGAUCCGUAUAUCGUAAGUCGAAGUGCUCUGAUAGAAUACACUUUCUAACUCUCGAUAACGUCAAAUUAAGCGUAUGGUACGACUCUAAAGGGUGUGCUCAUGUCCUUCAGAUUGAUUGUUUCAGAGAUGAUGUUAUUGAAAGGUCAAAAAUUGUUGUUAAAUAUAUGUGAUACGGUUUUGAUAAUUCAAGUUAUUGUAAAUAUUUCCAUACAUUAACUAAUAAAUAGUAUUACUUUCUAGCAAUGUGAAAGUUGAAGUUAAAAAUUACGUACCUUUGUGCUUUUAUAAUUUUGCCUUAUUUAAUAAGCGCGGAAUUUAUGUCCAUAAGUAACGCAUUACAGAUAUUGUCUACUCUUUGUAGUACUAAGUAGACUGUAAUUGUAGUUUAAUAUAUUUUUAUCAUUGAUAUAGCGUGAUUUAGUCUAUCAGAAAUCAUAUAGAGCAACCCACUCGCGAGCGUAUUUAAAUAUAUACACCAUAGUAUUUAAUGCAUCGAAGAUGAACUUCUGAUCCUUCAAAUUCUGAAACGAUACAAUUAACCAGCCGAAGACAAGAUGAUUUUAUCUUUUGAAUAAUGUGACAAUUAAACAACAAAAAAAUGCACUAUGUAAAUAAAAGUUUUAUGACUGGCGUUAAUCUACUGAAGUUACGUUCUUGUCGUUUUUGCGGAUUUCCGAAAUGAUUGUCAAAUCUAUGGCCACGCAAUACUAUGCUACACACAUAUAUGAAAAACAACUGACGCUGUAAGUCGGUCUAAUCACCUAUAAAGUUCGUAUGACCUUCGUACCUGAAAAUUCCUCUUGUCAUUUAAUGAAAUCGUGUUUGCCCUGUGUUACGAGUCGCGCAAACCCAUCUCAAAGGUUAGUAAUACAAAGAAAUUAAUAAAUUACAUUUGCUAAUCAUUGCCGCAUAAUGUAACACAUCAAGUGUACUGGUAAAGUUACUUAAUACAUAUGUGUUUAUAUUGUACUAUAGAACACUUUAAUUUAAGAAAAAUAGAUAUUAAGUGUAAUUGAUAAAUUGCAUGUUUAAGGGUGCAACCAAUGUUGUGAGAUGGAUCAUUUAUCAUCAGUCCAAUGCUGUCUAAAGGACAGCAAAUUUAGAUGGUUAAUAUUAUUUCAUAUUAGUCAGAGACGAUCUUAGUGUUCACGAUACUUCAUGGAAAAAGUAAUUUCAUUGGUUUAUAUAUAUAUAUAUAUAUAUAUAAAACCACAACUGCAAGGUUUACUAAAAGUUGCCCUAGAAGACGGCAAAAUUACUUUAGUUUGUCAUAGGAUCGUGUCGGUUUUAAAAGAUUUUGCAUGUUUUUGAAGAAUAGGCUCCUUACGUUUUAAUUUGUUCUUGGUGUAUGAGGAUCCAUUCCCAUGUAAAAUAUUUUAUUCAUUAAAUUGAUCUAGAUCUAGAGUAGAGCUCCUAAUCGGACAACUUGACUUGCAUACCAUUACGUAACUCUACGACGAAAUUUAUUGCUCUAGGUGCGCUAAGGUUUUAUUAGAUUUCUGGUUUUGCUCACAAUGGAGAUUCACAGAGCGUUCAACGGAUGGACUCCAAUGCGAGACGAGGCAUGUGUACGUUUGGGUUCGGAGCUAGACUACUAGAUGUCCUUAAGUUUGGCGGACAAAAUACGCUGUCUACUGCACCAUUACGGAAGCCAUCAGCUCUAGUCUUUAAAUAUUUAGCGCGGAAAAUUUGUUCAAUAAAACCUUUGAUAUACAUUUUAAAAAUUGCUGCUUCAAUCACAAUAGUACAAUAAACGCGAAAAUUACUUAAAUGAUCUUGGAGACUAAAAAUCGAUUUGGAUCUGCAGGUCAAAAUUUAUUUGUUAUUAUCAUUUCUUCAUCAAUAGUAAGACAAUGUAAUAAUUGUUGAUCAAUAGACAAAACCUUUUUUGCUUUCUUAGUAAUUGGUCAUGAUCUAAAUACGUGCGUUUAUACUUUGUAUCAGUUUGUAAUCUUUUGACUACGUUGUUUGGCUUUACUAUUGACAUAGAGACAAAGAAAAAACUGUAGACGAUGUUGGUAGAUCAGAAAACGGCUGUAAAGUGGAUUUGUAAGCUUACGUGAUGGGAUCGAUACAUUCAGUGUAAACAUACAUUCGGUGAUCGAUUCUAUGAAAUUUCUCUAAAAAUUACGAAUUUUGACUACUGUGCGGACAAUAUAUGCGCUAAAAAUAUUCUUAUAUGCUUUUUUAAUCAUAAAUCGAAGAGCGUUCAACUCAAAUGGAACACAUUGCAAAUAAGGACGAACAUAUUUUUAGUUAAAACAAAUGCAGCAAAAGUUUUAUUUAUAAAUACCUAUAUUUGGUCUGAUUUGUAUCUGUAUUUGAUUUGACGGUGCAAAUGGUAUAUAUAAACCAUCACUUGUUGAAUACAGGGCCAAUGAAAGAAAUCAUAUACAUAAACUUUGGCUUUUAAAACCGUGCAGUGAUCACCAAUCGAGAUGCACUGCGAUUGAUUUUAUAUAUUUGUUUCUAUAAUAUGCUGAUCAUAUCAGUAAGUGUUUGUUCUGACCCUUUUUGACUACAUAGUCUCACUUAUAUGAUAAAAAAAAUUGGCGCGUCUAAAUCCACAAGCGGUAUUGACCCGCGACAUCUCGUAUACCGGCGGAAAUAACGCAUGACAUUCACUGAGACGAAUUAGUAAAUAAAUAAUCUAUCUGGAGGAGGGCACAAAUGGUCAGCGUGUGCCAUAACAUGACAAUUCCUGUGUUCCUAAUAUCACCUUGCAUUACACAUUUUGAAUUUUUUCGUCAUGUGUCAAUAAGCAGUGCUUGAAGUGACAAAAAAGCACUGGUCGCAUUGCUCGAAGGCAAUGCAAAUAUUUGCAGUUUCGUUUUUACUUUAAAUUAUUAAGAGUACGUUUAGUAGUGAACUUUGGUAAAUAAUAAUACAUUUGAGAGAAGCUCGUAAUGUUUAUCAUAUUCAGGUAAUAAUACAAAGCUUCCAUGAUAAUUCCAGUGAUUUAGCUUUAUUCUAGCUUUCUAACCAUCAGUUUCUGAUGCUUUCUAGCUAUCUUCUUUGCAUAUGUGCUAACUAAAAUUAAAUACAUGUACGAUAUAAUAUUGUAAACUUUCUAGCUAGUGGACCUCCACUAUUAGCCAAGGUCGUUUCCAAAGAUGAGAUGCACGAAAUUACUACAGUUACAACGUAUUUCCUUGCGUUGACCUUCUUAUCCGAAUUUAUUGAGAACACCAGCACAGACAUUGACUAGUACUUUUGGAAUUACAAGAAACAUCCCUAUCAGAAAUGUAAGUUUCGCUAUAGACCUCUCAUGUAGUUUCUGUGCCAUGUGCUUGGGGGUACAUGUAUCCCUGACAAGCAAUUUUUACAAGGGAUGGCUCUUACGUUGAGCCUAAUUUCACUAUGAUAUUCCGGCAAGAAUAGCAAAUGCACAUUUUUCGCUUUGUAGGGCCAUAUUGGGAGCUCUUGUGACUAUUGUUUUUCUACGGACAUUAUAAAUGCUAUAUUAUACAUUAUAUUAGACAUUAUAAAUACGAUAUUUUCCCAAGGCUAGAUUCUGUAAGUGUCUCUAACCUAUAGACUAUUUUUCGCUUUUUGCAAUUUAGAGUGUGUAAAGGAAGUAUGCUUUUUUUUUUAUUAUUAAAUACGUUUUGUUAUUACUAACAUUCAGCUAUAUCCAUUCUGAUUCAAAAUGGUGCAGAAUAUCUUGAGGACUUCUGUGGUCUAGGAAACACUACAAAAUGGGACUCUUCGAACAUACGAUCGAUGUGAAUUCCACCUGAAGAAAGAGCGCCCUUAUAAUACGGGGCUUCGUAUCAUUGAGUCCGGUGGUUCAGUAUUUGAUCAAAUGCUACAUCACAGCGAAGACGGUUGACUCCAGUAAAUUCGUCAUACAGCUGGAUAAGAUUUUUAUGGAACUUGGCCGCGUGUGUGAAAUGUUUCGGGGUUAGGUCAUAUAACGAUGCCAUGAUGGUGGUACAAAAAGUUUAAAUUGCACAUCAUUCACAAAAUUCAAAAUCAUGCGAUACAAUAGAUAUUUAAAGUAUAUCUUGUCUCGAUAUUUACGAGAACUGAAUAAAAAACAUUCUGAUUCUCUUAAAUGAGCAGUUAUGUAACCAUUUACGUCACAUAGUAUUAGUGUCACAUAAUAGUCUAAGUUCGAAUCCGAGCAUAGACACACUUCAUUUCGUGCUGAGAGCGAACCCUUGAUUAAGUGCCUAAUGGCGGUGCCGGACGUGAAUCUCAAAACACAGAGAUUUCUAUAUAUUAUUUAUUAUUAUUGAAGCAAUGUGAAUUUCCUUAAAUACGUUCUACUUGUUAAUACAAUAUAGUUGUAUCUAAGCUAGUAUACGUGUAUUAUUUUUCUAUUUCCUUAUGCCCCCUCAUUGUAUUGUUACGAAAGUGUCGCUAAAUAACCUUGGGCCGACUUAAACAGUUAGUGGAUUUUAAUGAACAUAACGCUCUUACUUUAAGUCUGUGACCACAUGAUUUAGCUAGAUCUAAUUAAUUACCUGUUGUAUUUUUCCCUAAUAAAAAAAUACUGAAUAAUGAUUUUGACCCAGCAGAUGAAUAUUGUCUUAAUAUCGGAUUAUUAAGGUAACCAACAAAAUACUUUCCACACGCUCGUAAAUUCAUGAUUUGGAGGAAAAAUUGGGUUUUAUUUACGGAAUUAAACGACACUCAUUCCGAACAAGUUGAAGUGGAGUACGUACUCAAUUCGAACAACGCUGUCGAAUCCCAGGAAAUAAAGAUGCCGUUACAAAA